AUGUCGUUUGAGGCUCGUCCGCGCUCCUUCUCGGGAGGCGCGGCUAUCCUGCCAGACCUGCCGUACGCUACCGAGCCGACGACCAUCACCCCGACGCCUCAGCAACAGCAGCAGCAGCAGGCUCAGCAAGUGCAGCAGGUCCACCAGGCGCUCCUCCUCCAGCAGGCGCAGCAGCUCCAACAGCAGCAGCAACAACAACAGCAACAGCAUAUGACGCACCAGCGGAAACUGUCUGCGCCCUCUCCCCGCCAGUCUCCUCGUCUCCGGCAGCAUGCCCUCCCCGCUUUCACGAGCAUCAGUGGAGCACAGGACGGACCGCACCCUCCCGUCCUGUCGUCGAUCAAGCUCGCGCAACUCGGUGACGGGCGAAACUCCAAGUCUGCUCCGUCGUCACCGAUGGGCAAGCCGCAGACAGCUGGCCUCAGCCCGCUCACCACGAUCCAACCCCUCGACAUUGGCCUGCAGGCGCAUACCGGUCUGCCAGCCUCACCAUCACAGCAACUACCACCUCAGUCUCAGUCUCAUCUCCCCAACGGCCACGGCCCGUUGCACUCGAACACCUUCCCGCCUCCGCUUCAGCAGCAGCAGCGAUUCGUCGACCCGCGACUCUUGCACGCCCCGAACCAGGUAGCCGGCAACGUGAACGUCUCGCCCGAAAUCGCGCUGCGUGGAUUGGCGGCGGGCCAGCCAGUCGUGCCGCCUAAUGCGCAGCCGGGCGGCGUGAUGCGCUUCCCGAUGGGCGCCCACGGAGGAGCUGGUGCGAACGGGGCGGGGGGCGGGCGUGGCAUGUCGCACCCGCAGCCCUCGGUGCCGUCAGUGCAGGCGCGGCGCCCCGUGGCACCGAUGGCGCCGCGAAUCAGUUCGCAGGCGUCCAAUGCGUCGUCGGACGACACCGAGGUCGACUCGGACUCGACAUUCGUGCCGGGGCGCAUCCGGGCGCAGCAGAAUCGCUCCCGAUCUCAGCCCGAUCUGCAGGCGCUGCGGUCCAAGGCGGUGGAGCGCUGGGCGACGCAGCAGGAUCAGGAGCGCCGGCGAGAGGCAGCGCGCACAGAGGGCAAUGUGGUCCGGCGGCGGAGCCAGGGUCGAAAGACGCCGCCGAUCCGCGCGCAGACGCUCACGACACCGCUGAAUGCUUACAGCUCGGCGCGCUACUCGCCUCGCCAGCCUGCGCCCCACCUCUCCCCUCUGACGACGUGGACGCCCGGCUCCGGUACGGGCGGAAGCAGCAGCCAGGAGAGCUCCGAUGCAGAGUCGCCCGUGCUCCACAGCCCGCCUGGCGGUAUGACGGGAAGCGAGGACGCGGACGAUGACCUGGACGGCGACUCGCCGUCGAGUGGAUCGAUCUCGUUCAGCCCUCGCGCGAGGCGGCGGCAGCGCUCGCUUCCGAUCGGCCCGCCUCGCUCUGCUGCAGCACUCGGUCUCGUCUUUGACAGCACGCACAGCGAGGAAGAUUCCCCUCGAAUCGUCGAUAUUCGCGCCGCCAGCAUCGAGGCGCGCUUCCAGCGCUCGUCGCUGAUUGGACUGCGACUGCUUGCCGUUGUUCCCGCCCUCUGGGGCUGCGCCGUCCUCGCCCACGCCCUCUGCACUGGAUACCUGUGGGAGGACCCGUGGCCGUGGGGCGUCGACUUUAGUCGCGAGCAGCUCGACCGUCUCGUCCAGGGCAACAUCACCGAGGGCGUGAAGCGUCCCGUGCACCGCGGCGACAUGCUCCUCGCCAUGGCUUGGAUGUGGGUCACGAGCAAUGUGCUCCAAGAGUCCGGCAGUCCGGGCGAUGUGACGCCAGGUCCGUUCCGGGGCAAGACGGCGAGUCCGAAGCCUGCAUUCCGCCCGCCGCCCGAGGGACUCACCGGCUGGAAGGUCUUCACGUGGGGUCGCAGGUGGGACUGGGACGCCGUCGCGUACAAGGUCGGGUGGAAGAUUGGCAUCCUCCUCCUCAUCACCACGGCGUGGCUCUUCUGGCGCAUGGACCAGGCGGGCCUCGCUCUCUAG